CCUUGUGUAUUCAGGCCCCACGAGACCCUCCACCUCUGGAGGGUUUCCAACCGUAUAAAAGAAGAGGUCUUCCCGAUAGUCUCCAGUUGCAAACAAGACAAGCACAGCAACAUGAACGCUAAGAUCGUCAUCUGUUUCGCCCUUGUGGCUUUGGCUGUCGCCGAAGAAGUGAAAAAGGAUAAUAAACCAAUCGAUGCUAAGAAAGAGAAGAGAAGUAAUUUGGGUCUGGGAUAUGGUUACAAUUAUGGAUAUUCGGGACUUGGUCUGAAUUCUGGAUUUGGAAUCGAUGGACUUACUAGCUACUCAGCACUUCCAUCUGUUGGACUCAACCAUGGAGUCUCCACCGUAGUGACCAACGAAGUAGCAGUGCCUGUGCCACAUCCGGUUCCCGUACCUGUUGAGAGACACAUCGCAGUUCCUGUCAAGGUCCCAUACGCAGUACCAGUCGAUCGUCCGUACCCAGUUCAUGUACCUAAGCCAUACCCCGUUGAGGUUACCAAACACGUGCCUGUUCCUGUUGACCGCCCUUACCCAGUUCCCGUAAAUGUACCCGUCAGAGUUGCCGUACCUGCUCCUUACCCUGUCAAGGUUCCCCAGCCCUACCCUGUCCCCGUCGUCAAGCACGUUCCCGUUGCUGUUCAUCAACCCAUUGUCGUUGAGAAAUACGGCAGCGGUCUUGUUUCUGGCUACGGCUAUGGCGGAUGGUAAAUGGACUAUCCCUCGAAGAAGCCGGGAGCAUUCGUAGACGGUGACUGUUCUAUUCAAUUCUACGAUGGCGCCAUCUGUCCGAGUCUCUAUAAACUACAUGCUACGUGGAGGGACUUGGUGAGGUUGCGAUCUAUCACUAACUACGGGAUUUAAUUGAACUACAACACCGUUAUCCUCUCCUUUGGAAAAGGACUAUAUAGACAACGAAGUUUGCUCUUUAACGGCCUCAAGUACCGUCAACAAGUGUUCAACCUUUCAUAGGCAUUUUACUCAAUAUCGAAAUCUACUCGGUACCUACAUUUUUUCUAUGGAGAUUUAUAUUUUGUACUACUAUAAUUUUUCUCAUCUUUGUAUACUACUUUCGAGACUUCACAGGGGUACGCCUUUGUGGUGCAAUAAAAAUAUUUUCAUCUAA